UUGUUAGAAAGAAAAAACGACUAGCUAAUCAAGUGUACUGAAUUUAGAUGGAAAGACGAACGGCGGGAGACAGUCGACAGAUUACCUGUUUUGUAAAUUUUAUUACUAUUCUUAAUAGUAGUAAUAGCGAUAUUUUGAUAAUAAAAUCUGAGAUUUAAAUCGGGAUCAACGACGUCUAAUGUACAUAUAAAAAGAUCAGAGAUCAAACACAACUUGUUCACGAUGACUACUAUAAGUCCAAGGAAAAGUCCCGUUAUUGAAUCAACAUGGCAAAUACGAUAUUCAACAAAAACUGCCAGAAGGGCUGUAACAUCAACGUGUUUGAGUCUGCUUGUUAUUUUUAUUGUUUAUCUAGAUAUAUGCAAUUCUUCAUUUUUUCUGAUAUUUGACUCUCAUCCUAUUUUAUGGUACUUAGAAGCUGGUAUUGUAAUUGUAAUAUUGAUUAGAAUUCUUCAGAAUAUACUAGAACUCUUAAACUAUCUGCAUAUUACACUGUUUGGGAAAUAUGUGGAGAUUUCAAAUGCUCAAAGAAAGUUGUUGGGUGUGAAAGAAAAUGAGAAAGGAUUUUAUACGACACCUAUUAAACCAAGAACUGACACAAAACAAAGAAAUUUAAUCUUUUCAUCAGGCUCUCCAAGCAAACAUACAAGCAGCUUUACUAAUGAUAGUGCACCUUAUAGUCCAACAUAUUUUGCAGCUGUGACUCCAGGAUCUUACAUCAAUAGUUUUAAUAGUUCAAUGUCAGCCCAUUCUCCAUAUUCAAGUUACUCUAGUUCUACAUCACCUAAUACAUCAUACGACAGGAUGAAUUCUCUGAACCUGUCUUAUACUGCAUCUCCAUAUGAAACAACAGAACCUAGUUCUUUAAGAUCUAGACAUUCUUAUCCUUCAUCGAGAAAUUCACCAGUUUCACCAUAUGAGAGAAUAACAAGUAUUCAUGGUUUAAGUCAGUUUUUAAAAGAACAAGAUGAAGAAGAGUAUAGAAAUUUACAAGUAUCAUCAGAAAAUCUGGGUAACAGUGGAUCAUCAUUUUGGAGUUAUGGCAGCAGCGUGAUGGAUCAGUCUCAUUUAUUAAGUAAAUAUCAGUAUCAAGUAUCAACACGAUCACCCCAGUCAGCUACAACUAAACAUAGUCUAACAGAUUUAACACAUAGAUCAGGUUAUGAAGAGGUUUGGAGUCAGUUUGGUGUUACAGAAGAUGAAUUAUAUAUAUGGACAGAAAAACUCAGAAAGUGGAUAAGUUUAACAGUAAUGACUAGAUUAUCGGAUGAAAUAAAGGAAAUUAACAAUGCUUUACGAAGAAUAGGAUGUGAAGAUACACAGAUAGGAGAAGUUGGGGUUUCAACGUUAAAACAAUUGGCACUAACUAAAAGUAAUUUUAUUCCCGGUUUUAAUUCUGUUGUACCAUAUCUAGAUUUUUCUUCUAAUCAGGAAUAUCUAACCAAGCGCAUAUUGGAAUUAGGUAAAGAUGGUUGUAUGAGUGAGUUCUGUUGGAAUGGUGGAGGACAUUAUGGUAAAGUUUGGGGUGAACAUCUACCAACUGAUUCAGCGAUUGUUAUGCAUGCAUUAUGUACCUAUAUGGAUUCCAGACUUCCAGCUCAACCCAGAUUUCCAGAUGGAAAAACAUUUACUAGUCAAUAUUUUAUGAAAACACCAGAUAAGCCAAAUUUACAGAAGAAGGAUAAUUUAUUAUUGUAUCAGUCUAGUAUAAAUCCUCCUUUGUAUCAAGUUAUAUUUGGUGGUAAUACAUAUAAUUUACCUAAGGGUAGGAACAAUAUGUUUCAGGCAUUGUUAUUAUUUUUAUAUCAUGUUAAAACACAUCAAGAGGGCAUGUUAGGACGUGUAAACUUGGGAUUAUCUGGAAUAAAUAUUCUGUGGAUAUUUGAGAACUAGGAUAUAACAACAGUGAUAAAUAUAUGUACAAUAUUUUGUUUAAUAUUACAAACACAAAAUAUCAAAAGGUGUCAUUUAUUUUUUGUUUUUUAUUGACUGUGCCUACAACGUAUAAUGAAAGACUGAAAAUAUGUUUUUAGAAAGAGAUAGUACCACUUUAAUAUGGAGUUAACGAAUUGACAAAUAUGAUAUCACUGUUUAUAUUGUAUAAAAUAACAUUAAGGCUACACAAAAUAAAUGUCUUGUUUCUCGGGCAACUGACAGCUGAAACUGUAGGGGGGGAGGGCGGUUUAUUUUUUUUUUUAUCUCAUUUCUGGCUAGAGGAUGGUGCAAAAUAAAAUUUGCCUAUUGUUGAAAAUUGUUGGGGCGGGAGGGCGGCCUUGUAUUUUUUUUUUUUUUUAAUGAGAAAGUCAUUACUUGUCUACGGUUUUGCUUUCAGUUAUAUAUUAUACAUACUUAGAACAUAAAUCCAGAAAUCAAGUCUACUCAAACACUGAACACUGACUGAAAGGAAAAUAAUUUUCCAUAUUUAAUUCACGUAAUGUAGCUUACUAAUGGUAAUGGUGACAACCAUAAUUGAAAUUGGUUUAAAAUAAAAUUCCGUACGACUAUUAAUAGCCGUCCAUAAUAACGACAAUAUUUUAAAGAGUAAGCCUCUGUCAGCAUGUGUAUCAAAAAUAAUCAUCACGGUAAACGACACUUCGAUCUAAAUCUAGUAUCGCUGGUUUAUAAUGAUUGACCUAAUUCCAACCAAUGCAUGUCAGGUGUCAUCGGGAUUCGUGAAAUGACUGUUUCUCAGGAUAUUUGGUGUGUUUCUCAGCAUAUUCGGUGUUCUAUCUGGGGCUUAUAUCGAAUGACUAUUUAAAUUUAACUAACAACUCGUCAGUAAAACUAUCAAAUGUGUAAUCCAAUUAUUAUUUUCCGGAUUAUCAAAACUACCGUUAAACGUGCUAAUGACCCAGAUUCUGACUAAGGUAUGGUGACUAUCAUCGUAUCGUAUUCGUAGCCACAAGUUAUAAUAAUUAACCUGUUCUACGAUUCAUUGUUUUAUAAGUAGGAUUUUUUCAAACAUGGACCGACUGAAGCCGGCAAUAAUGAGCCGAUUAAGAUCGAAUGAUUGAAAUACAUUGCAUUGUUGUCAAUGACUUUCGGUGUUUAACACGAAUCAAAUUCUAGUUCACAAGGGGAGGUAAUUAAAAUCACGUGAUACAAAAAUGGAGGUUCUUUCGAUAUCAAUAAAAAAGACCCGUAAAUGAGCGUUUACAUCUGAAUCAGUUUAAUACAUUUGAAUGGAUAUUCACGAAUGGGGCAUGUAGAUACAUGCGGCAUAUUUUUUUUAUGACUUGCUUAUCAAUGUUCGGGCGGGCGUUACAUAUUUUUUAUUUUUCAUCAAGACUAAUAAAUAGGCCGCACGCGCAACCAAUUUUGCGUGCGGGCGGUGCCCGAGAAACAACUUAUUUUAUUUGUGUUGCCUAAAAUACAAUAAAUUAUUACGAGUUUUAAAGUAGAAAACAAAUAUAUUAGUCAUUCAAUUAAAAAUCAUUAUCACAGGAAUUUCAAGUGUAGUAUUCUGUCUAUUAUUAAAGUGUAUAUUCACUGAAAUUCUCAAUCUGUUUAAAUUCAAAUCUAUAUUUUGUUUCGUUUUUUUAUACUUUCGAUGGCCUACACUACAUGAAUAUCUGACAAGUUAUAGCAAUAGGUCACGUCAGGGGUCAAAAGACCGACUUUUGACCUAUGAUGUCAAACAUUUGAUUAACCAAUCAGCAUUGAUGUUACUAGUGGAUUACCCACAGUUCCGGGCAAAAAAGGUCAAACACUCGAUUUGACAGACCAUUUGAUUGGCUGACCCCUCAUUUCAAGCAGAACACAAGUUAAAUAACAAGUCUUCCAGAUCCAAGUGUAGUAAAGACAAGUAAAACGAAAUUUUGAACUAUAAAAACAAAACGAAAUAGGAUCUGUGUUUUAACCAGAUUGCUGAAAUUCUUUGUUUGCAACAAAUGACCGAAGCAGACAUCCCUUUGUUUAAAUGAUAUAUUAUUAUUCCAGAGCUACUUUUGUCUGUUUUUCUUAUUAAUAAAAUGAAUAUUAUUAUCACAUAAA